AUGGAUGGAGUGAAGGAUGUGACUACUCCCUUGAACUCCUCAGUUUCUCUCAAGUUGCACGACGGGUCCGCCAGUGUUGAUCCAAAUCCAUAUCGAAAGUUAGUGGGUUCUCUUCAAUACUUGGCCUUUAAGAGACCAAACAUCUCAUUUGCAGUGAAUAAACUAUCACAGUUCAUCCACGCUCCCUCAGAGAUUCAUUGGAAAUCGUUAAAAAAAAUUCUCAAAUACUUAAAAGGUACUAUUCAUCAUGGACUAUUUCUCAACCGGGCUUCUUCCCUGACACUUAAAGCCUUCUUUGAUUCUGACUGGGGAGUAAUUGAAUAUGGUGGUCACUCCACCAUGGCUUAUGUAACAACGUAA